GGCGCUGUGAUGAUCGGCUCCGUUCGACCUGGACCAGCAGCAAGUCGUCGACGUGACGAGAUGCGAACCCGGCUAUUUCUCCUCGCUGUCCUCGUUCUCCCCGUUGGCUCCUCUUCCUCCUCCUCCUCCUCCACCUCCUCCUCCUCCUCCAAGGAAAGUGACAACAUUGACCUUCAUCUCUCCGGAGGCCGGGUGAUCCCAUUCGGAGACUCCAGGAGGUCCUCGGUGCAGACAGAGAAGCCCGGCUUGGCGCUCAUAUUGGACCAAAGACACAAGUAUCAGAAAUGUUUGAGUCAACAAUUCGAUCAGCAGCAGCAGCAUCAGCAGCAUCAGCAGCAGUUGCCGAUGCCACAGCAAUCAGUGAAGCGACAUCAGCAACAAGCGCCGGUUAACGGGCAGCGAGAGCACCAGCUGAAGCAGCAGCAGCAGCAACUCUAUCAGCAGCGACAGCACGAGCGGAAACAGCAUCGAUUGAAGCAGGAGAAUCAGAACUUAAACCAGCAGCAGCAACAACAACAACAAUUAAAGCAACGGGGGGAGCGACAGCCGAAGCGGCAGCAGUGGCAGCUGCCGCAGCCUCUGAGGAGCAGCGAUCGAGGAGCCUCGCCCAGGCCUCGCAGGGUCGUUCUGUCCACUCGGGCCCCACGGGACUUGCGGCCACAGUCCUCGCUGGAGGGCCACGAGGAGGCAAAUGACAACGGGGAGGUAGAAAAACACCGGCAGGAGGAGGAGACAGGAGGGGAUGAAGACGUGGAGAUGCGGGGCCUGAUUGAGAAGGGCAACGAUGAAGAGGAUGAUGAUCGAGAAGAUGACACCGAGGACGGGUUGGACGAGGUCAAGGAGGCACAGCAUAAGGCGAUGGAAGAGGAGGAGGAGGAGGAGCCGGUGGCAGUGCUGGAUGAGGUGGACGGCCAGAAGACAACCAUAAAGGAUUUGGUAGACGAGGCAGCGGUGGACAAGAAGGCGGUGAGCAAGGAGGUAGACCAGGAAGAGGCUAACAAGGUGGUUGACACUAAUGCGCUGUUGGAGCAGGAGGGCGUGAUGUUUGACAAGGGCGGCAAGGAGGCGGCAGUGGCCCCGGGGGCAGGCGGGGAAACGAACCGCGGGGCGAGCGGCAAGGAGGCUGCGGACAGACAUUACGCAGCGGCCGAUCACGAGGAACCUGCAAAGAACAGCGGUGAGCCGGAGACCGAGAAAGUGCUGGGGCCAUUUGAACGCGAAGCCCUUUCGAACGCGCCGAGUACCCGACGAGCGAGCGGCAUGAGUAAGGGCAAUGCCAGGAGGAGAAGUCGGAGCGCCGCACCACAGCAACAGCAGAAGCAACAGAAGCAGCAGCAGCAGCCCCCACGACGUCCCCACCGAGGGGAGUACCCUGCCUGUGACAGCGAGAGCCGCUGGGUGUCCGAUCGCGACACGGCCUUCGACAUCACCGGGAUGCGAGUCCGUGUACUGGGAGAGCUGUCCUUAAGUUCUUCUUCUGCAUCAUCAUCAUCAUCAUCGUCGUCGUCGUCAUCAUCCCAGUCUUCUUCGACGUCGGUCAAGCAGUAUUUCUACGAGACGCGCUGCAAGCCGGCGGCGGCGGCGGGCGCGGCGCGGGCCGCCGGGAGUCGGACCAGAGAGGCGCCCUCCAGGUUCGCCUCCGGAACGGGGACCGGCGCCGCGUGCCGUGGAGCCGACGAGCUCCGUUGGAGGUCGCAGUGCAAGACGACGCAGUCGUUCGUGCGCGCGCUCACCGAGGACGCGCGUGGCCGCCUGGCGUGGAGGUGGAUCCGGCUGGACACGGCGUGCGUGUGCACGCUCACGCGGCGCUACGGAGGCGCGUGA